AUGCCAGCGCCAGGACGGAGCCUUGGAGCUGCCCGCUGUGGCCCAGCGAGCGCAGAGCAGCUCAGCCCAGCUCAGGACCGUGGCCGGUGCAACGUGCAGUGGAGCUGUUUCUGGAGCGUGCACACAGACAGGCUGCAUGCUCUGGACCAGAGACCAAACUACUGCACGGGCCGACGGCAAGAAUGGCCCCAGCAUUUCACUAAACCGCCA